GAGGUCGCCUGACCUGCUUUGAGUCAGGGCCCGGCGGGCGGGGCCGCGCCGGCCUCUGCAGCUCGCCCUUGGCCCCUAAUCCCCUCGCUGGCCCCUCAACGUGGGGCAACAUCGUUCUUUGGCGCGUCUCCGGGCUCUUCCUACUCGAAUUCUGUCCUAGGAAUGUCCUAAUUGUGCCCGUGGGGAGAACUUCAUCCUAAACCCGGGAUUCUGAUCCAAGAACUGGAAGUUGACAGCUUGGCUCCCUUGCUCCCGGAUCUGCUACCCCUCACCGUCUCAUUUCUUUCCCCAGGAUUGUCAGUGGGUUCGCCCCGAGGAGAGCUGACUGCCCUGGGCUGCUGCUGACCUCCCGCAGAGUUGAGCCAAAAUGUCCCCGGAAUCUAAAAAGCUUUUCAACAUCAUCAUUUUAGGAAUUGCCUUUAUGUUUAUGUUCACCGCCUUUCAAACUUGUGGAAAUGUGGCGCAAACUGUGAUCAAGAGCUUAAAUAACACAGAUUUUCACGGCAGUGGAUAUACCAGCAUGGCAAUUAUUUAUGGAGUGUUCUCUGCUUCAAAUUUGAUCACGCCAUCCGUGGUUGCCAUUGUAGGACCUCAACUCUCUAUGUUUGCUAGUGGUUUAUUUUACAGCAUGUACAUUGCCGUUUUUAUCCAGCCUUUCCCAUGGUCCUUCUACACAGCCUCUGUUUUCAUUGGAAUUGCAGCUGCUGUACUUUGGACAGCACAAGGAAACUGCCUGACAAUAAAUUCAGAUGAGCACACUAUUGGGAGAAACAGUGGAAUUUUCUGGGCACUUUUACAAUCUAGCUUGUUCUUUGGAAAUCUCUACAUAUAUUUUGCUUGGCAAGGGAAAACUCAAAUAUCAGAGAGUGACCGAAGAACAGUGUUUAUUGCCCUGACAGUGAUUAGCCUUAUAGGGACAGUUCUUUUCUUUCUCAUUCGGAAACCAGAUUCUGCAAACGUCCUAGGAGAAGAUGAAUCUUCUGAUGAUCAGGACAUGGAAGUCAACGAAUCUGCCCAGAACAAUAUGACAAAGGCAGUAGAUGCAUUUAAAAAGUCUCUUAAAUUAUGUGUCACCAAGGAGAUGCUCCUUCUCAGUAUUACAACUGCUUAUACAGGUCUGGAAUUGACUUUCUUUUCUGGUGUAUAUGGAACCUGUAUCGGCGCUGUAAAUAAAUUUGGAACAGAAGAGAAGAGCCUCAUUGGACUUUCUGGCAUUUUUAUCGGCAUUGGAGAAAUUUUAGGUGGAAGCCUCUUUGGCCUGCUGAGCAAGAAUAAUCGUUUUGGAAGAAAUCCAGUGGUGCUGUUGGGCAUCCUGGUGCAUUUUAUAGCUUUUUAUCUGAUAUUCCUCAACAUGCCUGGGGAUGCCCCUAUUGCUCCCAUUGAGGGAACUGAUAGCAGUGCUUACAUCCAAUCCAGCAAAGAAGUUGCCAUCUUCUGCAGUUUCUUGUUGGGUCUUGGAGACAGCUGCUUCAAUACCCAGCUGCUCAGUAUUUUAGGUUUUCUCUAUUCUGAAGACAGUGCACCAGCUUUUGCAGUCUUUAAGUUUGUUCAGUCCAUUUGUGCAGCCGUGGCAUUUUUCUACAGUAACUACCUUCUCCUCCAUUGGCAACUCCUGGUCAUGGUGAUAUUUGGGUUUUUCGGAACGAUUUCAUUCUUCGCUGUGGAAUGGGAAGCUGCUGCUAUUGUAGCCCGGGGCUCUGACUACCGAAGUAUCUGAGGGAGAGGAGGCACGCCUUUCCAGACAACACAAUGAAUGACAGUUUGGUUGAAGAAGGCUCCUUUCGUUUUCACAGCCCAUUGGAUGAUGGUUAGUAGGGGAAAAAUCAAGGGCCUGAGACUGCUACCUCUGCCAGAGUUGGUAGUCAAGUUUACAGAUAUUAGCUGUUUAAGCAAGUGGAAUAAGGGAAACUUGUUCUGUCAGUUGUAAUUGUUCAAAGAUAUCUUCCAAUUCGUCUAUCUCAAGUUCCUUAUAAUCAUGUUAUAGAAUGUAAAUGUUUUCCUCUCUCUCCUGUUUCUUUGAUGUUCUUGCCUCGAUUCAGAAUCCUAGGCCAUCUGUCAUACAGGGAUUCUUGCUGGAUAUCGAGUAUGUGUUACUAUGUAAUAAUAGGGAGCAUAUGGCACUCCACAUAUGUGUCUGGUAAUGACAUUUCAAUAAAUCAUGAGCUGCUGAAAUGGA